GUCUUUACUCCCCCUCUCGCUCUCUCGCUCUCUCUCUCAAACUUAAUAUUUAAAUAUAGUGCAGUGCUGUGCAGUGGAGAGGUCUUGGAGCAUGAUGGCAGCGCGAAGUUUGGGGAUAUUUUUUGGAGUUGUGACUAUUCUCGGGACUUCGUUGGUUCAGGUUCAGUGCAAUGAGGAGUCACAUCUGAUCAGAGACUUGUUCAAAAACUACAACAAGAAUAUCCGCCCGGUGGUUCAUCCUGAAGACAAGGUGGAGGUUCAGAUCAAGCUGACCCUCACUAACCUCAUCUCUCUGAAUGAAAAGGAGGAGACUCUGACGACCAACGUGUGGAUUGAGAUUCAGUGGUCUGAUUAUCGCCUUGCCUGGAACACAUCAGACUAUUAUGGCAUCGAUAUUAUUCGUGUCCCUUGCAACACUGUGUGGCUUCCUGACAUUGUCCUUGAGAACAACAUUGAUGGAAACUUUGAUGUGGCUUACUACGCCAAUGUGUUGAUCAGCAAAGAUGGUUGGAUGUACUGGCUGCCUCCUGCUAUCUAUCGCAGCACUUGUGCCAUCGAGAUCACCUAUUUCCCGUUUGAUUAUCAAAACUGCACGCUAGCAUUCAGAUCCCAGACGUACAGUGCCAACGAAGUCGAUCUCAUCUUGGCUGUUGGUGAAACAGGAGAAACUAUUGAAUGGGUGGACAUCGACCCCGAGGCUUUCACAGAGAAUGGAGAGUGGGCCAUCGUCCAUCGUCCAGCCAGGAAGAUUAUCAACAGGCGGUACUCCGCAGAUGACCUUGAGUAUCAGGAGAUCUCGUUCAAUCUGGUCAUCCAAAGGAAACCCCUCUUCUACAUCAUCAACGUCAUCCUGCCCUGCUCCCUCAUCUCAUCACUCGUCGUACUGGCCUACUUCUUACCUGCACAAGCUGGGGGACAAAAGUUGACUGUAUCCAUCUCUGUCUUGCUGGCUCAGACUGUCUUCCUCUUUCUUAUUGCUCAGAAGAUCCCUGAGACGUCUCUUUCUGUUCCUCUCAUUGGCAAGUACCUGAUCUUUGUUAUGUGCGUCACAACUCUCAUCGCCACAAAUCAAAUCGUAGUGCUUAACUUCUCCCUGCGCAGCCCCAGCACUCACACCAUGUCCCAUUCCAUCAAACAUUUGUUCCUAGAAAUGGUACCUCGCUUCCUUGGCAUGUCCCCCCUGGUGGACGACAGCGAGGUGACAACUGAAGUAAACGGGGUGAAGGAGCGGCGGAGGUCCUUCGGCCUCAUGCAGAGAGCAGAGGAAUAUGUACUGAAACAACCUCGCAGUGAGAUGAUGUUUGACAAACAGAGAGAGAAGCAUGGCCUCAGCAAAUCCAUCGUGGAUAAUAUCGAUGUCAGCAGCACGGCUAACCUCUACAAGAGUUUGGCCCAAGCUGCACCCGAGAUCAAGCAAUGCGUGGACGCCUGCAACUUCAUUGCCGAGAGCACAAGGCAACAAAAUGACAUCGGAUCUGAAAUUGAAAGCUGGGUCCUGAUCGGGAAGAUGAUUGACAAGGUGUGCUUCUGGGCUGCCAUUCUCCUCUUCAUCUUUGGCACAGUUGGGAUCUUCCUAACUGGACACUUCAACAGGGCGCCUGAGUUUCCAUUUCCCGGGCAGACCAAAAAAUAUGUCCCGAGUUAAAAAACAUAAAACAAAAACCCUUUUUUGCUCUGAUGAAACCUCUCCGAGGGUCACUGUGCCUCGUGCUGUCUGCACAGCUGAGCGGUCUUGCUCGUUGAGUUCCAGGCUCAGAUUCAGGGUUGUGUUAGCCGGGCUUUAAUAAACCUGCGUUCAUAUUCACAGCUCAGACUUCUUCUUGUGAACACACGUCAGCCAGCUGAGGCUUUUCUUUCAGUUCUCCACCUUAGUUUAAAGUUCUGUUGAUGUAUGGGUGGAUCAUGUGAUGUUUUAAAGGUCCAGUGUGUCAGAUUUAGCCGGCUCUAUUGAAAGAAUAUGGCAAAAAUUAAAUAUAACCUUCAUAACUCUGUUUUCACGAGUGUAUAAUAUAAGAAUUGUGAUGUUUUGUUACCUUAGAAUGAGACUUUUAUAUCUACAGAUGCUACGGCUCCUUUUCCAUGGAUGUUGCUGGCUCUACAUAGACCCGUGUGGUUCCUUUACGCAUUUUAUGACCGCCAUAGUUUUUGCUUAAAGGACCAGUUCGUAGGAUUUAGUGAAAUCCAAUGGUGGAGUUGCUGAUUGCAACCCCCUUGCAUCUCUUUCUUAGCAUUAAGAAGAAACUAUAGCGGCCACGAAAUGUAUGAAAAAUGUGUGUCGACCACUAUGCGUGACAGUGUUGAUGCACUUAUGGACUCAGAAUAGAAAGUGUAAGUCUGACUCUAGAUUCACACCUUUCACAGCCACCGUGCCGUCCUUCACACCUGGAAAGGGAGUGUGAGUAAAGGGGGUGGACUUUUAAAUCAUCAUCAUACCAGUUAUGAUUAUUAUUUGUCUGUUAUGUGUUUAAGCAGACUUCAGCUCAACACAUUGCCGGUCCUUCAUGCGUCAAAGUCUGGAUCCGUUUCCCUGCAUGUACUAUGUCUUAUGUGAAGAAACUGUGCACGUCAUAUGAGCCAGCCAACUCUGAAUCAAAGCCUUAUUCUUCUUACUUAUGACUUAUUUAUUAGAGCGUCUUGUUAGAGGUAGAUGACUCAGAGGGAUAUUGUCUUGAUUCACUGUGCCAUGUUUUUUAAAAUAAAUAUUUUAUUUUGUGCA